GGCUUCCUCCCGCCCCGGCCGCCGCCGCCGGUAUUCGCCCCGCAGCCCUGCGGGCCCCUCCCGCCCCCUGUCGCUGUUCCUCAUGCGGCGGCGCCAGCACCGCAGCCCCUGCUAGCCCCGGACCACCGCCCCCAGACAGGAUCCCGGCCCGGGCACUCCCAGGCCGGCCGCCUCCCGCUCCGCGGGCCGUGACGGGCGGGACGCGCUGCUCGCCGCGGCACUGGGAACGGAGCGGGCGGGGCCACGGCUGCAGCCGGAGCCUUUGCGGGACAGGACCGCGGCACCCGGAAACACCGGGCGGCUGGUGGGAGCUGAGCCGGCAGUAAGGGGCGAGCUGGGCCGCCGGGCCGGGGCUGCAGGAAGAAAAAAGUCAAGAAAUGUCUACCAAUUUAAAGUACCUUUCCUUGGGCAUCCUGGUUUUUCAGACCACAAGUUUAGUCUUGACCAUGCGUUAUUCUCGGACACUGAAAGAAGAAGGACCUCGUUACUUAUCCUCUACUGCAGUAGUUAUUGCUGAGCUUCUGAAGAUUUUGGCCUGUGUUCUACUGGUCUACAAAGACAGCAAGUGCAAUUUACGGACUCUGAACAGAGUGCUACAUGAUGAAAUCCUUAAUAAACCCAUGGAAACUCUUAAACUUGCUAUUCCUUCAGGAAUUUAUACUCUUCAGAAUAACUUGCUGUAUGUAGCAUUGUCAAACCUAGAUGCAGCCACAUACCAGGUUACAUAUCAACUGAAAAUUCUUACCACAGCAUUGUUUUCUGUGUCGAUGUUGAGCAAGAAAUUGGGUGUAUACCAGUGGCUUUCAUUAGUAAUAUUAAUGACAGGAGUGGCAUUUGUGCAGUGGCCUUCAGACUCUCAAGCAACAGCUGCUAAGGAACAUUCAGCAGGAUCUCAGUUUGUAGGCCUGAUUGCAGUUCUUAUAGCAUGCUUUUCUAGUGGAUUUGCUGGGGUUUAUUUUGAGAAAAUUUUAAAGGAAACCAAGCAGUCUGUAUGGAUCAGAAACAUUCAGCUUGGAUUUUUUGGUAGCAUAUUUGGACUGAUGGGUGUAUACAUUUAUGAUGGAGAACAACUGUCAAAGAAUGGAUUUUUUCAAGGAUACAAUAAACUUACUUGGAUAGUUGUUGUUCUGCAGGCACUUGGAGGGCUGGUGAUUGCUGCUGUUAUAAAAUAUGCGGACAACAUUUUAAAGGGAUUCGCAACUUCUCUCUCUAUUAUACUGUCAACACUGAUCUCCUAUUUCUGGCUGCAAGAUUUUGUCCCUACAAGUGUCUUUUUCUUCGGAGCCGUCCUUGUAAUAGCAGCUACUUUCCUAUACGGUUAUGAUCCCAAACCUGCAGGAAAUCCCAUUAAGGCAUAGCAGACUUCCUCAUCAACCUGCUUCUCAAGAUCAUGUAUUGGGGGCCUUGCUAACAAUGGCAUGUGGAAAGUGUCAUUGUGCACUGCAAGGAAAGGAUUACUACCCUGAAUCUAUUGAAGAAAAGCUUAUGAGUAGUUUUGAACAGCCAGAGGGGUUAAAGGUGGAUGAUGAUACUGUCUGUAACUGAUGGGGGGGGGGAAAAUGGCAGGGGAAUGCCCAGUGCAACUUGCUAAUAAAAACUUGAAAGGAACAAAAAGUUUCCAAGAAACUGCAAUUAGGAAUGUUUACAGCUUUGACUGGGAUUGCAUCAAAAAAAUUUACGGUAUUGACUGCUGCAGAAAUAUGUCCUAUGCACUCUUCGAAAGAGCACAUGACAACGUUGUCAGAUUGUAUGUUUUUGCAAUUUGACUAUAUUUAAUCUUAGUAAAUAUGUUUUUAACUGUUUGUCUAUUUACAUGAAAUCAGUUGAAUACACGUCAUAGUUCUAAAGUGAUGGUUCUAAUUAGCUAUUCCUUAUUAAAACUGUGAAGAUUGAAGUAUGAUUGAAAGACUCUUUCACAAUAUCAAAUAUUUUUAUAUUUUUAGAAGACUGAUUUAAUAACAGGAAUCUGUUAUUAAAUUGUAAUAAUUCUGUUGCUUAUAGAAAACUAUUGUAAGAAUGUUAACAUUCUCACCUAAGUACACAAAGGGAGAAAUUCAGAGUGAAAGCUCAAAAUCUGUGUUGAUACUCCAGCCUUCAUCAGGACAGCCCAUAAUGUUCCAACAGAUGCAGUAACUCUGUGAACACUGGCCAGAGGUUACUGCACUAACCCACCACUAAAAGUAGGGUUACAGCGGAGUGCUUGCUCAGAUGUAACGUUCAUUCCUUUUAUUUUUAUUGGUUAGAAGGCAACUUUUUGGUAGAACCUUUAAAGUAGUUCUUAUGCUUUAAAUAUCCUCUGGGGAUUUUUUUAACCACAAUAUUUAAAAAAAAAAAAAAAGCCCAUAAUAAAAGUUUUAAAUGCAUUAUUGUUGUCUGUAACAGCUCCAUCUGGCGCUAUUGUGGUGUAUCAUCUAUAUACUGUACUGUACUUUAUUACAGAGGUGUUUUUUUUGAACAAGUGUUGUUUACUCAUGAACUCUCCAAGGCUUUUUCAGUACGUUUCUAUGUAAUGGCUUAAUCUGAGGUGUUUUGUUUUGGUUUUAUUUAUGUUUUGAGGGUUUUUUUUUAAAUUUUUAUUAUUAUUUUGUUCUGGGAGUCCUUGAGCCAACAGACCAAAAUGGGUUCUCUGGAACUAUUCAGUCUAGUAGUGGGAUUACUUGAAUAGGAAACAUAGUGAAACAGUAAUUGUGCAGUAGGUAAAUAUAAAAGCAUUCUCCUGUUUUAAGCAAAAAAAAGUGUCACAAAGAAACCUAGAUGCAAUUAGUACUUAGAUCAGUUAGACUGUUACAAACACUUCUCUUGCUGAAGUAUUUGCAUAUAGCCAGAAACACCAAAAAAAAAAAAAAAAGCCAGGACUAAUAAAGAAAAAAAAAGUUUUUAGAAACAAAAGUGUCUUUAAAAUCACUUGUUUUCAGGAAACAUAUUCACAAUGGGUAUUAAUGUAGAGUAAUUUCUUAUCCACAUUAUAUUUCUAAAUGUAUACUUUUAUACAAAAACAUAUCAAUAGUUACUUACCUGUAGGACGGCAAGUGGUGAAAAUGUAUGAUUUCCUUAUUUCCCCCCUCAUGCUCUUGCUCUCUUCUCUCUUGUGCUAAUGUUGUGAAGAGAGAGGUGUUUUAAAAUCUUUACCAAAGUACCUCAUCCUCCCUUCCACACUUUAGUGGUGGAUUGACAAGGAGAUUCUGUAAGAGUGCUCUGAGAUUUUUUUAAUGAAGUAUUGUAAAGGGGAAAGGAAAAAUUCCUCUUAUGUCAGCCAAGUAAAAAGUGUGUUUUCCUUCUGUUGGCAAUGACAUAGAUUAUCAACUUCUUGUUUGUUUACUGUAUCAGAGCAAGACGUUAAAUAAAUGUCAGAGUUCUGCCAAGGGCUUGCUAAGCUUUGUGAACUGUGAAUCUAUCCCAGUGUGCCAUAAUUGCAGGAGCUCUACUACUUGGUAGUCAAAGCUAUCUCAUAUUACUGUAAAUUGGCAUACUGUGUUCAUAUAAAACCUUUUACCUAUAGCACUCAAUGUGGGAAAAUCUUUGGAAAAGUACAUUUAGUCGUUUCACCACUGAAAUACCACAUGAGGUACGAUGUAUGCAUAGAACAGUGGGUCACAGUGUUUCUUAGUGUAGAAUGGGAAAUGCAUGACAGAAAUGAUCUGAGAAGUGUUGGUAGUAAUAUCUGAAUUGGAGUUUGGCCAACAUGAUAAUACUUUUAAUUUCAUGAAUCGCAGUAGUGGAAAUGUUCAGAUGAUAUAAUUGCUUACUUCCUUGGGGAAUUUCUUGGGAAAAAAAACAAAACAAAACAGAAGGAGCAUGUUCAGGACACUUUCAAGCCAGUUGCACAGGAAGGGACCAAAGAAUCCAGAUAAUCACUGCAUUGCUCAAGUUCUGUUACAUAUAACCCAGUUCUAAUACUUCAGGUGCACCUGUCAAUAUUUGUCAGUAAGGGUUGGUUUAAAGGAAAGAACAGGAAUACGUGCUCUUUGCUUUUGAAUAGGAUGUCAUACAACUUUGGAAAACAAUAUAUCUACUGUAUUAAGGAACAGUAACUCCUGUCCAUAGAUCAGUGACUCUUCCAUCCUCUCAACUGACAGUUCCAUUAAAUUUUCCAGUAGAGAGAUAGUUCUCUUCAUAUAUUUGUUGUUGUAAAGGAAAUAGGAAUUUGUAUUUUGAGCUGUCUUUUCUGAGCCUGUGAAGGGCUCAGGAAAGACUCUUGUCUGAGGCCCUCCAGGUUGAAAAACAUUAUUCUAGACAGGGAAGACAGCCUAUGUUUCUUGAGAACAGAAGGGAUUUGAGGAGGGUUUACUGAUCUCUGUAACCUUUGCAAUCUGAGAGCAUAUGCACAUUCUCUCAUUAAGAUACUUCUGUAUCUGGAUUUUAAAGUAAAAAAAAACAAAAACAAACAAACAAACAACAAAAAACAACAAAAAAACCCACCAACAACCGAAAAAACCCCCCAAUUGUAAGUCUAUAACUCAUUAACUAACCAAAGAAGCAUAGCUAGCACAGAGCAUUGGGAAAUAGGGGAUAGUGUGCUUUGAGUUUGCCCUAAAAGCAAACUGCAGGAGUCUAACUUUCCAAAAAUAAACCUGUCUUUCUGAACUAUUCUGACUUUUAGACAAUGGAUUUAUUACUUUAGUUGUAUAUUUAGGAAGCUAACCUAUACUUAGCAGAAUUUUAUUUAAGUAUUUAUAAAGUUAUAGGUAGGUAUUUAUUUGCAAUAACUUGAAUUACGUGAUUUUUUUUUUUUUAAGACUUGCAUAAUGGGAAUACUAGUAUUUAUUGAAUACUUGGAUAUUUGGUAGUUUUAUUUGAGAAUCUCCGGGAUACAUGAUAAAUGGUCAAAUAAUAAUAAAUAUAGAACUAGCUUCAAAGCAAAAUAAAUCAGCAGUUCAGUGGUGAAAAAUCUUGAGUCUAAUAAAGUAAGAUAAACUUUUCUUUAAAGAUUGUAUUUCUGUGCUAUCCACAAGUGCCCGAUAAUCUUUUUUUCUCAAAGAAUUCCAAUAAUUUUAUAGUUCUAUUCAACUACUUCUGUUUUAGGGAAAUUAUAAGAAAACUUCCCUUUUUAUUUGCUUUAAUAAUGGGUAGAUUAAUGUUCUAGAUCCAGCUUCUACAAGAUAACACCUCGGGGUUUUUACUGUAACUUUUUAGAAACUAUUGUUUCAUCUUUUUCUCAAAAAAACAAUCUUAUUUUAGUAGCAUAUACUUUCAGUUACUCUUACAGUCUUCUCAGAUUUUUAGAAGUACAUAAUUGUUCUGUGUUCCUACCUUAUUUUUAUGGCUGUAAUAAAAAGAAUGUAAUGAAUUUUGUUUAAUUGUUUUAAAAUAGAUAAAUGAAAUGUUGCAUUCAUUCCUUCUGUUUUUUGUUGUGAGUAACUUUCAUAUUUUAGUAUAUUUCCUUAUCGGCUGCACAUGUUCUGUUGUAUUUAAGCAAUCAUCAUUUUCCAAAUUUGAAGUUGUUGCUGUUUUUCCUCCUGUUGACAGUGUUUCUUGCUGGAUAUUAUGAAUGAGGAAGGUUAACCAUUGUUUUCUUCUCUGAAAUCCACAUUUCGUUAAAAGGCGAUAUUUAAAAACAGUAAGGAUGUUUUUGUGUAUUAGAAAGGUAAUGUUUAUCUAUAACAUGGUAUUAUACCAUAUAUGUGGUAGUGUAUCAUUAUCUAUGGUAUUCAGUUAUUGUAAGAAAGUUCGAGAACUGUUUCCUUGCCUUUGUUUUUAUUGUUCUGUUCAUUUUUAAUGCUGAUUAUUUUCCACAGGUAGUUACUAAAGAGUUCUACUCUUUCCAGGUAAGCUUGUUAUAUGUUUUUACAUAUCUAGAAUUAAGAUAUUUUUACUGGAAAAAAUGCAGGGGAAAAUGCAACAAAAGAAGCGGGAUUAAUUAGAUGAUAUCUUCUACUCUGUUUACUGUGAAUCCAAGUUUCUGUUCAGUUGAAUUUAUAACUUUUUCUAAUUAUUUCCCACUAGGUGAAUUUUUAACUCUUUCUAGAAGAAAAAAAAAAAAAAAAAAUCUGUCCUGAGGUGCCGUUCAAUGCUCAUGCUUAGAUGUCUGCUGAACAUUUGCAUUCAGGAGUAGACAUGACAUUUUUAACUCUCACCUUCAAUCUUCCAUCAUCAUUCUGACUGUAAUUAGCCAUAUUAAUUUCAUUAGCAAUUUAUAGCACAGUAAAAAUUGCUUAUAUGCUAAGCAUAUGUUUAUAUUCGCUGCCGUGAUUAACAUUUUUUUAGAUUUUUAAAAGCUUGUCUUUAUUGUCAAUAUAUUCUAAAUUUAAUUUUAAAUAUAUGACCCCAAAUAUAAAUCAUAUAUUCAAACACUGUAGCAAAAUUUUUAAGGUAGUCUUAGGAUUUUUUUAUAUGUUGAUUUUAUGUGUGAUUACACUGAAUACUAUUCUAAUAUAUGUUUUUUUCAGGCAGUUUGGAAGCUGGAUAUUUUUUUUGUAGACACUGCUGAACGAUGGAAUGCAUUUUACAUCACCUAAUAUAGUCUUCUUUUAAAUCCAUAUUGAAGUAAAAUACUGUAUGUUUUUCUCCUUUAUGUGUAGAUAAUGUCACUGUAGUAAUAACCUAGUUAAAAUUAAGCACCAGCUUUAUUAAGAAUAUGAUACAAAACUGUUUGAGAGCUUUGUAAAUGGAGAGGUUUGCCUUAUGCAUAUUUUAUCAGAAAUAAAAAAAAUGUUUUAAUAUC